UGCCUCCAAUUUGGCUCUCUAUUUCUGACUUCUCCUAUCAGGUCUGGCUCGGAAACACAACUUGGAGAAAUGUCGAAAAGAACUCGAACGAAGCUGCUCCAACUACCAAAAUCGAAGCAGCCAGUAUCCUGCAGCUCAACACACUACGUCCUGCACCAGCAGUGUGCCUCCCCAACAACAACUACCUCCAAAGCAAAAGAAGAAGGUCCCCUCCCAAGUCUACGCCUCCCUACACGAGACAGCACAUAUCGUACACAGGGUCAAAAGACCGACCUUCCAGUACACUGAAGGGGACAUCCGCUACAGAGCUGAUCGAAUGAGAGCCAAUCUCAGGCAGACAGCCAUCUGUGCCUCCUCGGAGCCUUCGGGUACCGAUCCCGAUCCGUUUGACGGUCGCGAUGGCCAAGAUUUCUCCAACAAUUCCCCUAUCGAUGGUCAAGAUGCUGCGAAAGGCCGAGCUGCCUCUGCACCGAUUCUGGCACCCCGCGGACCACCGACCGCAUACCGUCAAGAUCUGACACAUGAUGAGUUGAUGGCCAUCAGAGAAAGUGCCAUACGCAUUGCGGGUCAUUGUGCCAUGCGUGACAUGGCACCCUUGCCAAACACGCCUCCUCAGGAGGUUUUGCAUCGCAUCCGCUCUGAUGUUUGGCUGGCCAGAAUCGCGUUUGAACAAUCAGGAGCAGACAAGCCAUCUUCGCCAGAGGACAAACAAGAUGACAAUGGCAUCAGCAUCACCACAGAAGGCUGCAUCCUCCAGCGCGGGUUUGACAUUUCGCCUCCAAACUCUUCGCCCACCACCAAAGAGUACACCAGAGACAAUUCAGCAUGCGAAGUCCAAUGCCAAUCAACCAACGAAAAUACCCGUUGUGAGCCAAUCAGACCCAGAGUCAGAAACAAUAAAGGCGUGAGGAUCCCUGUCUGCUUCCGCAAGCAAGAGAUUGUCAAAGCACGAAAAGAUUCGAUCAUCUCAUCUCUGCUUUCCACUCGCGCCUCUGUAAACAGAGAGGCAGAGACCGAGUUUGCUCAAGGCCGAGGGUCGCAACAAAGAUACCGCAGGCAACAAUUUCCGCGUGUCCUGGUCUUUUCUGUUGGCUCAGACUCUUCAGGUGCAAUCGCAUCUGACAGCGAAGACGAUGAUGACGCUGAUAGUGAUUACGGUACCGGAGAAGAAGAGGUUGCUAGCGAAAAGAUCGAUAGUGCUAUAAGCUCUCCAGCUCAUCCCGGUGGUGGCAAAGACGUUCAGCCUGGUGGAGAUGGUAUUGUUGCACCUCUCGUGACCUUGUGUCAGUCUGCUGAAACUCUAGAGAUAAUCGAUCCUCCGCUACUGCCGCAGUCCUCUGCGCCGCUCUCGGCACUUUCGUCGACCCUUCAAGCUUCCAGCACUCUCCGUGCCAAGCAAGCCCCCUCCCUCCAUGUUGGCACACCCCUCCGAAAACAACUGUCAAAGCCUCCUAAGCUACCUCUCCAAUCUUCACGCUAUCCUACUGUUGAUCCCACGGUAGCGCAGCGCACCAGACCGCCAUUGCCUCUUCCGCAACGUCAGCCUCUGCCACUUGAAUUAUUGUGAUGUUGGCAUGUGAGGAGGGAUGACCAAGUCUGUGCUGUGGUGUAUGACCCUGACUUUACGUCUUUGUAAUCGGUAUGACCCUGUCAGUCGUGUCCUACUUUUUUCUUUUCUUCGAUGAGGCAA